CGCCUCACCUUCUCAGGGCGCAGCGGUGGCGGCCGGCAGCACGUCUUGCGCGCGUCUUAGUACAGCCGCUGCCUUCUCCUUUUCUUCUUUGAUCCCUUCAUUGACCCAGAUUCCGGCAGCGCCGCCGGCCGGUCCCAGGCAGCUGCCGCCCCCGCCGCCACCGCUAUUCGAGGAAGGGAGGCUUGGCGUGUGGUCUGAGACUGUGCGGCGCGAUGAUGGGACUGUGAUAGCCAAGAGCAAGAAAAAGAAAACAUCUUAAAAAUUGAUGUGACAUCACUUGAGGGAUUUCUGUAUAGAAGGUGACAUCCCAAGCGCUGGCCAGUUGGCACUACCCAUAGCCAACUGUUCUCCAUUCAAACUGAAGAAACCUUCAGAAAAGCCACAGGAUAAAUAACUUUUGGAGAACAAUUUGCUUGUGAUCAGCUGAGGACAGUUGCUGAAACUGAAGAACACAACCGCCAUAAUGAAGCAUUUUCUGCGGAUGCUCGUCCAGGUGUGCCUGUACUUCUAUUGCAAGUGCUUAUGCCGCUGCCUGAAAUUUGUGGUGAGGAAACUGACAGGACAGUGUGAGUUGCAAAGGAUUUGCUACAACACAAAGCCUGGGGCCAGCAGGACUAUGAAAAUCGAAAUGUCGUUGAGGAGUUCAAAAAAUAAGCUGCUCCAAAAUUCAGUAAGUGUUCAUCCAGAUGCUAUUGAAAAAACCAUAGAUGCCAUCAUGGAACUGAAAAAAAUCAACCCUGAUGUAAACCCACAGCUAGGAGUAUCUCUGCAGGCCUGCCUCCUACAGAUUGUAGGGUACAGAAAUUUGAUUGCAGAGGUUGAGAAACUGCGUCGAGAGCCCUACGAUUCUGAGGAUCCCCAGCAUGAAGAAAUGCUUUUGAAGCUAUGGAAAUGCUUGAAACCUGGAUCCCCGUUGGAAGCUCGGAUUUCCAAGCAGUGGUGUGAAAUUGGUUUCCAAGGUGAUGAUCCUAAGACAGACUUUAGAGGAAUGGGCCUUCUUGGGUUAUAUAACUUGUUAUACUUUGCUGAAUGUGAUAGUGCUGCAGCUCAGCAGAUCCUUUCUGACUCCAUUCAACCAAAAUACAGGGAAGUCACUAAAGAGGAGCUAAGCAAAGUCAGCAAGGCCGAGUGGGAGAAGAAAAAGUUCGAUAAAGCAAUUGGCUAUUCUUUUGCAAUCGUUGGCAUUAACAUAACUGACCUUGCAUAUAACCUGCUUGUCAGCGGUGCCCUGAAAACACACUUCUACAACGUUGCUCCAGAAGCUCCAACGUUAUCCCAUUUCCAGCAGACAUUCUGCUAUUUGAUGCAUGAAUUCCAUAAAUUCUGGAUUGAAGAGGACCCCUUGGACAUCAUGGAAUUUAACCGUGUGCGAGAGAAAUUCCACAAGCGAAUCAUCAAACAGCUCCAGAAUCCAAACAUGGCCCUGUGCCCUCACUUCGCUGCCUCAGAAAGCUUAAUCAACCUGUAGCCGUUCACUUGGUAUGAUUUGAAAAACACUGCCUCAUUCUUGUGUUAGGCCACCAUCCAGACAUAAAUCGCUAAUGUAUAUUGAAUGACCAUAGCGAUUGUAUGCAUGCUUCUUGGUGCAGUAUUCAUCUUUCUCUUUCGCUCUCUGGCAUCCUCUCAGACGUGCUGCUUUUGAGGGGUUUUUGUCAUGAAAAUGGAAUCCUCACAUUGCAGUAUUUUGCAGUGUUAAACAUUCUAAAUUGAUGUUCUAUACGGAGAAGUUUUUUCUAUUUUUUUAGACUCUUCCCCUCCCACAUAUUUCCUGUCCCAUAAUUCAGCAUUAAUUAAAGAAUUGUAUUUCUCUAGCUGUGGUUUUUUUGUAUAUGUGGAAUAUUUCAGUUGAAAAAUUGUAUUGUGGAAGCCUUUUAACUUAACUGAUUUUGUUUUAUGGUAACUAAUUAUUUUUUUUACAGUGGGCACAAACUAGCUAAAGUUAAGGACAUUGGGUCCCAUUGAUCUGAAACACAUGUGUUUCAAACUCAAUUCCCAGCUUCAAUUAGGUUAAAAGUGCUUGACUUAGGCUGGAUUAUGCCCUGAGUUUGUACAUUAUUUAGAAGACCGUGUAUGUAACUUGAGCCUACUGCAGGCAGAAUAUAAUAAAAGUGAAGAUUGUGUUUUCCCAUGCAACCAUGCAUGCUUCAUGAAAAAAAUGAGAUUUAUGAUAGAAAAGUGGAAAUAACUUUUAACAUGCUCAGAAUUUAUAGCGAGGUUAAGUUGACAAUGUGGAAAGCUGACUGCUGAACCUGUUUGAGAGCACUUCUAAGACAGACCUAAAAAUAUACAGACUGACAUCCUGACUCUAAAGAUGCAGCAGGACGUUUUUCCACUUCCUCAGCACAUGCACACGCAGGGGGAGGGAUGAUGUUUUCUGCUCUCACUUUCCUCUGGAAGUGCCCUGUGACUUCCAAAAAUAUGUCCCUGAAGGCUAUGUAGCCCUCGGGGAUAAAUUUUGGAAAGCACUGAGCACUUCCAGAGGCAGGCAAGAUCAGCAAAAAUCUCUUCCCCUACAGCGGUACAUGUGCUGAGGAAAUUGGGAAGCUUCUGGCUGCAUUAAGAGCAGCCUCUUGUGAGGACACAGCUCUCACUGGUUCCUCAUUUCCUUGGUCAGAAUGUCAGCCACUGAUAAGUAGCCGAGUGUCUAAAGAGUAUCUAACUUCUCAAUAGAACCACCAUAUGCAUAUUGUCAAAGCUAAAUUGAACCACAGUGCUUUGAAACUGCAGGAAUUAGGUUAAUGUUUUGUGUUGCCAGAUGUUUGAAUGCAACGUGACUUUAUCAUGGAUGUUCUUGAUUGCUUUAAGGGAACGCAAAAAAAAAAAUUAACCUAAAAAAAUAUCUUUCUCCCCAGAAGUGAACUAGAUCUGGGGCUUUGCACUGUCAGCUCAGUUCACAGCUCUGAAGUGUGAGGAGUAUGUCAAUGAAAGGGAAGAAGUUAAUGUUGAUCAUGGGCAAAGCAAUGUCUUAUUUUAAGGAAGUGAAUGGGGACAAUCCACGUGGAAUUUCUUUAGUGUAAACCCUUUUGAGUGGCAAUAAUUGCCCAUGAACCUAACUCUGCUCAGACACACACUUAUUUCCCCCCCGUUUUAUUUUUAAUGAACUUACAAAGGAUCAGUUCCCCUUGGAUUGCACCCAGCACCUCUGACACCAUAUGUCGUCGAUAUCAAAUAGUAUUUACCAUGGCAUUUCAUACCCAUGGUAUUUUUUUACCUUCUGAAGUUUAGUAUUAUAGGUAGUUUGUGAAGCUGCUUGCAUAGCAAGAUUGAAUUUGAAGUAUUGCCUAAUUAUUUGUGGAUUAUAUGAAUAAAUGACAUCACUCGAAACAGAGGAAA